UGUGCCUUUUUAAACAAUUUUGCAGCCAAAAUACUCAUAAAAACUCUUUGAAAGAGUAAUAUUUUCCUUGAAUAUUUCUGCAAGUCAUCAAGGAAAAAUGGGAAGCACUGCAAUGACUUUACUGAGGUCAAUUCUGAAAAUGGUGAAUUCAGUAAUGGCAGUGGUUGGUAUUGCAAUGAUUUUUUAUGGCCUUUGGAUGGUCAGAAUUUGGCAAAGAGAUAUGGAAGAGUCAUCCUCAUCAUCCACUCACCCUUAUGAUUCUGCUGCUCCAUGGUUCAUAUACACUUUUCUUAGCAUUGGCAUUACCUUAUGCCUCAUAACAUGCUUAGGCCAUAUCUCUGCUGAAAGUUCAAAUACUUUCUGCCUUUCUUGUUAUACAGUGAUUAUCUCCAUAAUUCUCUUGAUAGAAACAGCAGUUGCAGCUGAUAUACUUCUAAAUUCUGAUUGGGAAAAGGAUUUACCUGAAGAUCCAACAGAAAGAUUCCAUGAUUUUAAAAAUUUCGUUAAUUCAAAUUUUGAUGUCUUCAAAUGGAUAGGUGUGUUGAUACUCUUAGCUCAGGGACUUUCUAUCUUAUUAGCAAUGGCUCUGAAAGUUCUCGGACAGAAUUACAGAUCCAGCUACGAUAGCGAAGAUGAAUAUCUUCCGGCCAGGCUCCCACUUAUCAAAGAACAGCCGCAUUCAUAUGCUGUUGGUGAUCCGGUCUUAGCAUUUGGGGAUGAUGCAUGGAAAGUAAUGAUGAAAGCAGAACCUAAUACAUGUAGAUAACAGAAUUCAUGUAACUAUGUGGCACAUAGAUUCUCCAAUCAACGGUUUUUCAACGGACAUAAAACUUCAUUUUUGACAUACAAAAUAUUAAAAUAACAAUGUUGUCUUGUGUCUAUAUCCAAGUGCCCCCGUUUUUCCGUAUCCAUGUUUGUGUUGCAUAGAUGAUGUGCAAUAUUGCCCUAAUUGCCAAACCACGAAGCUAAGUUUUUCUUUCGGCAAUGUCAAUCUUCGUCUUAUUAAUAAGAAAAUUUAAUUUACAUUUUGGAAAA